AUUUGUAGUUACUUUUUAAAAACAUUCUCUCAAAUAUGUUAAAGUUGCAUGCAGCAUGCCUAUGUUGUGGUGGUAACAUAUCAAGUAUUUUGUUCUUUUCAAUAUUUAGGCGAAAUGUUCAUGGUGUAUCCAAAGAAAAGAUCAAAAGAAUGUUGGAACGAUAUGAACAUUGCCUGACUGCUAAUUCAAUUUUGAAUUCUUCAAUCUCAGAUGACAUGAGGAAGCGUGAAACCUGUGGUGAAAUUCUUCAUCGCGAGAAAAGGCAGGGGAAAGAAGAACAGAAAGAACAUUUUGCCUCCUCUUUGAAAGGAAUAGAAUUAAAUCCAGAUGAAAAAGCUACUUUAGAAGAAGUUAUAGCAGAAGAUCAGAACCUUCAAAAUGAAAACCAAAGAGCUGGACAUGAUUUUAAAGAAUCCAGUUCUGAAUGUAGUAUAGAUUGCUUGGACGCUACUGCAUUACCAGCAAGAAUCAAAAUGGAAUCCAUUCUUGAAACAGAGUUAAGACCAGUCUGGGAUUCCAGUGAAAAUACUCUGUUGCACAAUAACCAUGAGUUGAAACUUCAGAUUGAAGCAACUGCAUGUCAUAAAAUAACAGAACCAGAAUUCACAGAAACACAAAAUAAAGAUGGAGAUUUUAAUUCUGGCAGCUCAGUAAAACCUGAAAAGUUAAACUUUGUGGGAGACUGGCCAGUAGAACAAACUUUGGCUCAAAGGGUGAAAAGAAUUAAAAGAUUAGAAAAACGUGCCAGGAGGGACAAAGGAGAUUCAAGUAUGCCAACAGCUACUCUUGAUUCAUUAAAAAAUACAAGUGAAGAUAAAACAUUGGAUUUGAUAGACUGUCAUCAGGAACUGCCACUUUCUGAUGACAGGUGUGAAGAUAAAUGGGACGAAAGUGACUGUAAUUUUCCUUCCAUGUUGGUGCCUGAGGUUAAUAAUACAGAAGUCCAUACGACAGAAUUGCUGACGGUAGACUGGCCAGUCCAAACUUUACAGCAAAGACAACACAAAAUGAAAAGGAUAACCAAGCGAGACAUUAAUGAGACAGGUGGAUUAGAAAACAGUCAAGAUGGUGUCAGCGUUAGUGAUGGGACUGCAACGUCUCAGCUGAAUGAGACCUCUGCAGAUGCUGAAGAGCUGUGGGCCUCUUCAAAGGGGGAACCCUUUCAAGGGUCUGAAAUCACAGCUGCUGAACCUCUGAGUGAGAAAAAGCCAGUGCUGAAUAAAAGAACACGUAAGCAUCAUAAAUUAGCAUUAACAUUUACCAACAGUUCGGCCCUCAACAAACCAGUAGAACCACUGUCCCUGUGCAGUUGGACAGAAGAAAAACCCAACGAAGUUGUGGAGUCCCAGGCUACCAAAUCUUCACAGACAGAACCACGAGAUUUUGCCCUUCUGUGGAGACUGGAGAGAGAGAUUGUCUUUUCAGAAGGUACAAAAGUACUGCAUGGCAGACUCGAUGGAUUCGUACCCAAAAGGGUUGAAGCUAUUCCAGGUUGUCCAGAAAAAAUACCCUACAAAGUAACCUACGAGAGAAGCACCUAUGUAGAAGAAAGGGAGCUGGUGAGAGUCGAUGAAUCUGAGCAUCUCGAUAUUUUGUGUAAGCUCUUUGGGUCUCUUUCAUUCGAUGCCAUUAAAGAUCUGUACGAACGAUGCAACCGGGAUAUGGAUUGGGCCACGGGGCUCCUGUUAGACUCUGCUGAGAAGCUCUGCAAAGAAGACGAUGUUGGAGGCCUGCAGGAAGCAGAGGUUCGGCUCCCGGAUGUGUCUCUUCCUUCGAAGAGACCCGCUGCGACUGAAGACAGGUUUGCCGGUUCUGUGGCAGGUACUCAAGCGACUGCAAUUUCAAGGAUUAGUCACAAAUGCGAAAUAACGAGAGUCCCCCUUGGUGACGACAGUGGAGACAUUUCUGACCAUCCUGCAGGACACGGCGUACAUUCUUCUUCAGGAGAAAACGAAACUCAUCCGUUACCGGAUGCAGGAGAAGACAUAAGCCCAUCAGAUCCGGAGGUAGAUCCUUUGAACACGCAAAUAAAACCAAGAAUUUCUAGGAGGCUAUUAGAGAAUGAUCCAUGGAGGACAUCCUCGGUUAAUGAAAUGGAUAUCGCUCUUCCUGACAAAGGUGAUGGCCCUUUGAAAGCCACCUGCGAUGCGGAAGAAGAUCAGUUUCAAGCAAGCUUACAGGAGGGCCCGUUUCCAGAAGCGACGUCAGAUUUGAAGCGAAUGGAAGCAACCAAUUUGAGCAGUGCAGAAAGCCACAAAUCUGAGCAGGGCACAAAAAUGGAUUGUAAGUCCGGCAUUGUGGUUCCGACACAAAGAGAAAAGAACAUCUCUGAUCAAGAUGAUGGGACAAUCAGGUUGCAGAAUUCCAUCCCUCCCUCAAAGUCCGUGACCAUAGAUUGUCUCGAACUGGUCUUAGCUCCUGAAUUAGCCAUGCAGUUAAGUGAAAUAUUUGGACCGGUUGGAGUUGAUACAGGAUCACUAACUCCUGAUGACUAUGUGGUUCAUAUUGAUCUGAAUUUGGCCCGAGAAAUUCAUGACAAAUGGAAAGCAUCUAUUAUGGUUAGUCAGCUUAGAUCUAAAGAUAAGCUUAUUGUUGUUCAUGACUUAAUAUUACAUGGCAUGCAUUAUAUUACGGAAUAUUUAUGUUUUUACUUGUUCUAUAAAUUAUUGACAUUUCAAUAAUUUGCAGAACAAUUACAUUGCACUUAGUCCAAAUGUAGUCCAAACACAUUUCUUUAAAAAUAUGUACAGCUAGUUCUUAACUUACAGGCAUAAUGGAGUGCAGAAUUUCCAUUGUAAUUUGUUUCUCCAGACAAGGGCUACAGGUGAGAAGAUCUCCCAGUUUCGAUCUGUUGGUCAUCCUUCUACGUUAGGUCAAAGGAUUCCUGUCCCACUGAGGAUGCGAACAAUACGGCUAAAGAAGAAACCCAGAGAGGCAUGCUUAAAUUUAAGAUAAGAUAGGACAGGGCAGGGCAAGGCAGGACAAUAUAAGAUAAUAAGAUAACCCUUAUUUUCACUUUUUCUAUGUAUACACUGGCACACAUUAAAAAUGAAAUUUUGAUGCCUGCUCUGAAAAGAAUACACACACACACAAACACACACACAGACACAAAAUACACAGAGUUACUUAUAUACAUACAGUCCAUUUU